CCGUGGUUUCGAAAAGGGCAAUAGCGUGGUGUUUAUGCUAGCUUGGGCCUCUGUCUAUCCGCAAAGAUAAACAAGCAUAUCUAAGUGUAACGUCGGAUGUUUAAGCUAUGUUUAUGCUGUAACUCAUUGACAUGACCCGGAUCCCGUGAUGCCCCCCACAAGUUCGUUGAAUGGUUGCUGGAUCUGGACUUGUUCUGCUGGCUGGCACGACCGAUUAGCCUAUACAUGUAAUAAAUUGCAACAUAUUUUGCAAUCGCUAGCAGUACCUUGGUUGUUUCCUUGCGCUAGGCUUGGUUCAGUUGUUCCGGAUUUGUAGGUUUCAAACAUGCAGCAACAACAGCAGGGUGGAUACCCACCUCAGGGGGGCUAUCAACAAGGAGGACCUCAAGCAUAUCAACAAUUCCAAGGAGCACCUCAAGCCCAAGGCUAUCCACAACCUCAGCAGGCUGGUGCGCCUCAGGGCUAUCCCCAACCCCAGGGUGGUGCUCCUCAAGGGUACCCUCAACCCCAGGGUGGUGCUCCUCAAGGGUACCCUCAACCCCAGGCUGGCGCACCCCAAGGAUACCCACAGCCCCAAGGUGGAGCUCCGGGACAGCCUGUGGCAGCAGCUCCCACUGCACCUCCAGGAGAUAAGAUGGACAUGGUCGCAGGUUACGGCAACAUGGGGGCCCCUCUUGCUCCACCUCCUUAUGCACCAAUGCAGGAACAACCACAGCGUUCAGAGGUACCAAACAUGCCCACAGUGACUGUAGAGCAAGCCAGAGAGGCUUUGAUGGGCCAUGUUGCUGAGAAUUGUUGCUAUGGCAAGAAGGCUGCACAAGAAAUGGUCUUCAAUGAUAUCAGCCACUCCAGUGCUUUCCAUUACAAGUUGGAAACAUUCACCGAGAAGCGAACUACAGCUUGGUCUUCAGAACCUUUCAAAGGUCAAAUGAUUGAUGGACCUACCAAUGGACCUGCCCCAGGCCCAUGGGAUCUGCAGUGUACACCGCCAGCUAAGUUCAAGAAUCACAGAGCUGAGAUUGAAGUGCCCCACACUGCGUCAGUCAAGCCUUGCCAUGACUGUGCUGGUAUUGGACGCAAACGCUGUCACAAGUGCCAUGGAGAUGGAAACACUCGUUGCCAUCAUUGUAAUGGAAGUGGACAUGUCCAUAACCCUCAUGCUGGACCUGGGCAUCAUGAUCCGCAUCACCAUGGAAACCAUGGAAACCAUGGACACCAUGGACACCAUGGACACCAGCAGCAUGGUCACAUGGAGUGUACCUGGUGCCAUGGAGCUGGACACCAGAAAUGUAAUAAUUGUCAUGGCCAUGGGCAAGAGACAUGUAGCACAUGCGGAGGAGCCUGUAAUGUGAAAGUGUUCAUUAAACUCACUGUAGAAUGGCUGAACCACAUGAGUGAUAACAUCGUUGAGCGGACCUCACUGCCUGAUGAGUUGAUUAGAGGAGUAACUGGAGAGAUAGCCUUCACUGAGGAGCAGCCGAGGGUGUGGCCAAUUAAUCACUUCCCUGAUCAGACUAUCAAUCAAGCGUCCAAGCAGCUCGUUCAGCAACACACCAGUGGAUUCCCACUGGAACGCAUUAUUUCUCAGCGUCACAGUGUGCGUGUGAUUCCAGUUGCCCAGGCUAUGUACAAGUGGGACAACAAAGAAGGGACAUUCUAUGUGUAUGGCUUUGAACACAAGGUACAUGCUCCAGAAUACCCCCAGCAGUGUUGCUGUGGAUGUAACAUCCUGUAGAAGAAAUAGUUUGGCUUAUGGGGGCCUUUAAUCAAUCCUUAAAGACACUGGACACUAUUGGUAAUUGUCAAAGACCAGUCUUCUCACUUGGUGUAUCUCAACAUAUGC